CCUUAUCGCAUUGCUUCAGACCAACGUGCGCCAUGGAGCAGUCUGUUGAGCCUGCACGGCAGCGUCGCCCACGAGUAGAGAGAGGCCGGUCACGGAAUGGAUGUCAGACUUGUCUUGGCAAACGCGUCAAGUGCGAUGAACAACAUCCGCACUGUAAACGGUGCGUUCGACUUGGUCUGACAUGCGAAUGGGGACGGGGAAAGCAGCCCCUGGCAGCGAGAAGGAGGGGGCUAGGUCCGAUCAAACGUCGCGACAGUGGUUGCUGGACACCUUCUUCGAUUCAACCACGACAGAGCAAUGAACCAAAUCAGAGAAUUACUGAUACUCGUAAGCAAUUAUCGACGGAGCACUCGAAUUCGGCAUCUGCUUCAUCUCAAGAACGCCCUCCGUCAUCACCAGUCACCAAUACAGAAUCACUAGCUUUGACAGCAUCGGCAAUUGGAUCCUCAAUAUAUGCAUCAGACUCCUUCGUGGGCAGCAGUCAGAAUCAAGAGAGACUUUCUAUCUACCCAUUUCCUCAAGCUAUCAGUGACUUGCGAUUUGAUUCACUGGACAAUUGCGGGCCAGACUCACCAUUAUCAAUAUCUUCCCGACACGGCCUGUCUUCUAUCGAAUCAUCGAGCUCAAGCGUGCCCAGCUGGCUAAUUGCAGCCACACCUCUCCUUCUGGCCGACCCUUUUACCGGCCCGUCUAUCGGCAGCAGCGACACAGAGGCUGUAUCCUUUCAUCGAAGUGUCUUCGCAUCCCUGAAAUCCUCUCGUUCACCCUCCUUAUCAGCACAUUCGCUAUUCCUCGACCAUGCGUGGGACAAAAAAAUGGCCUUUCAUUUUCUACUCGCCCUCUCUCACAGCGAGCUCGCGAUUCAUUUUGGUUACGGAGCCCGUCCGACACCGGAGUCAUGUAUUCAUUUGCAACGAGGGUCUGAGCUACUUAUCCAGGCACGCAACCCCGUCGCACCCACUGAUCAUCUAGAGCUGCUGCUUUCAUUUCUGUAUAUCUUCAUGUUUUGGAUGCGAAGAGAACGGAUUUCACCAUCGAAGCUCCGGGCUUUAAGCGCUACUGUGCUUGCAUACAUUCGAGAAUUUGAUCUACUUCAGGCCUGCGCCAGCGACGAGAUACACUCGCUAACAGAGCCCAGCACAAACGCGGUGCCAUACAAAGUCCUGCUAUCCCGCGUCCUCGUCUACCUCUACGACAGAGAUGGAUUCUGCAGCUUCUUCGGAUGCGGGGGCCUGUUGGCCUCAUACAUGAACGCCUAUCAAGACCAGCUACGUAAAAUCUGGCGCCUGUCACGCACAGCCUUUCUGUGGAACAAUGCUCGGGACCCGUUAUCAUCUCCAAACCCAGAGGCAUCAUUCCAUGAAGUCGACGAGGCAGCCACGUUACAUGUUUACUUCGAAAUGAUUGGGCUUCAUCACGAGAUCAAUCGCUAUAGCCAAAGUGACACGCCAGAUCUUGCCGUCCAGGGUCAAAUUCAGCGCCGUCUGGAUCAGAUUCGCCAGGAGCAUGCUUCUCUCUUUGACAUCGUAAUUAAUGGAAACGACCCCUCCCUGAUGGCCAUGGUCACAGUCACGCAUUUCCAUGCCCUUUGUAUCUACCUCACCCGUAGCCGCGCUUCUGCAUGGGGAAGCAAGCCGAUCCCAAUCGAGGUCCAGUCCGCAAUGAGUGAUCUUGUUACGACCUUGCACUAUACUAUAUCUCGAGGAAAUCAUGUGCAGCUCAUGGAACGAUUUCAGUGGUCUUUAUUGGUCCUGGGGAUUGAGACACAGGAUCCGGUACAUUGGGAGUGGGUGGAUCGGAACAUCUCCGAUGUAGCCAUUCGGGAAGCCUUUUCUUUCAUCUUGGCGGCAAAACGACGAUCUGGCGGAUGCAUCCCCAUGGCUUUUGUUCGGCAGUUGAUUUGUUGCGGGGAAACGGGGGACUGA